AUGUCAGAGAAAUUGCCUUAGAUUCAUAAGGUGAAUAAAAGUGACAUACAAAGUCCAUUUCGUUAUCCGUCUGACGAAGAAGUGUUUUUGUUUAGAGAAUAGGAUCGCAAAAAGUAGGAAGCUUAAAACCAUGGGGAAAUGCAUAUAUGGGAUAAGAAAACUGCUACGAAUAGAACUUAGUUAAAGCAUUUCAAAGUAUAGAUGUUACAUUACUUUUAGUCAUAUGAAACUUAAAUUGAUGACAAAUUUAAAUCGAAAACUGCUUAUAAUGAUAAAGAUAAGAAAGUAAUAAAUGAGGCAUUGUAAAUCAUCUAAGAAAGAAAGAAACAAAGAGCCAAGGGAGUGUCGAAGGAACCCAUUGUGACACUCUUGGAAUAGAAGAAGGAAAUGUUUUUAGUAUCAAAGGCUCACGGAAUAAUUGAAGAGGAGAUCGGCAAGUUAAAGUUGAUGUCGAAGGAGAAGAAGGAGGCGUUGGAAUAGAGUUUGAAAAUGUUGGAAACUGAUAAUGAGAAUUUCUAAAAGUACUUGGAUACAAAUAAAUAACAAAAAUUAGAUGCAGAAUAGAAAGCAGAUUAGGAGGUGAAGGAGAAGAAGGCAAAGGAAUCUGAGAUCAAAUCUAUUAAUAUUAAGAUAACAAGUUUAAGAGCAGAGAAAACGAGGAAUGAGGAAGCUGUUAAUAAUUAUAUGGAUCAUAAGAAAUUUUUGGAUAAGUUAGCUCCAAAAGAGUGGCAUGAUGCAAAGGAGAAGAAACGUUAACAAUUAGUGAAUAGAUUGAAGGAGGAAUUAAUUAAAAUCAAGGGACUAACAGAUAAACAAUUUUAAUAGAUGGUAGAUAACAAAAAGCUAGAUGAAUUGGAGGAAUUCGAAGAUGAAUAUGAAAUGUAUUUUAAAUAACCAUCAUAAUUGGUGGAGAUAUUUAAUGACUUGGAAGAAAGGAACUUAUUUUUAAUUUAAACUACUCAAGAUGCUGAGUAAAACUUAGAAGAAUUGAAAACUAAAUUUAAUAAAAUAAAAAAGUCCCUUGAUGACAAAGUAUUUACAUUACAAUAGAACAAGGAGCAAUUGAAAAAGAAUUACGAAAAUGUGUGUUAACAAAUUAAGACAUUGUAAUUAAAAGGAACAGAGAAGAAUGCUAAAAAAGAUCAUAAAGAACUCAGAAAAUAAAUAAUUGAAGUUUGCGAAAACUUUCCUAAUGAAAUAUAGGGAGUUCAUGAUUUAUAAAACAAAGAGACUUUGGAUAUCUUGGUUCAGAUUGAAUUGCAUUUGGAGAGACAAUUGAAGCAGAUUCGUUCCUUUAGACCAGAUAGAGUUGAAAACUUUAGAUAAGAAUGUGAAAGAGAUUGGAAGGUUAAAUAGAGGGAUUCAAAUAACUUAAAGUUAAAGCAGGAGGAGGAGAGGAGAAUCAAAGCGAAUCAAGAAAAGAUUAUGUAACCCAGUAAGAAGAAAACUGGAAGACAGCCUAUGUUUAGAUCUAAACCAUUUGAUAGAGUUAUAGUCUAGUAGGAGGAGAGUGUCAAUAAUGAGGAAUUGGAAGAUUAAAAAUACUUCAUGGAAUGA